AUGUCGAAAGAUGAUUCAGAGAGUUACAAACCUCAUCACGAGUUUAAGCAAGAUGUCAAGGAACCACUUGUUGAUCUUAACUUGACUGAAUCCAAUGAGCUUUGGCUGCUUAGAUUGCCGUUUUCUAAUGAUUUGUUAGCUGACAUUGACGGGCAGGAAUUAUCGCUCAAACUUGAUAAGGACGGCACCUUGGCAAGCUUUGAGGGUGCAUCUGGGAAAGCGUAUGAUUUUGUCAGCUUUGCUUCCAUGGAGCCUGACGAAACAGUAUUUGUUUCCUCUGCUACAGAAUCAAAAAUUGCUGGAAAGAUUUCACGUCGUGUUUCUGUUGUCCAUUACCAUGAUCCCAAAGAGCUCGAAAAGAUUAGUACAACUGAUGCAAAAAAAGCACUUCUAAAUUCUAUAGCCGCGACUCCCGGAAAUUUUUCACGUGCUUCAGCAUCAAAAGGUAGCAGACUGAAGAGCUCAUUAUCUGAAUUUUCUGAACGAUCAAAUACUCCAAAAAGAAGACCGCGUGGGAACAAAUCUAAUGCAAAACCUCCUGAAUUAUCCCGUGGUCACAACUCCGUCGCUUCUGCAAUCUCUUCUGAUCAUUCUCAUGGAGGAAAGUCAAACGCGUCUGCGAUCUCUUCUGAUCAUUCUCAUGGAGGAAAGUCAAAUGCUUCCGCAAUCUCUUCUGAUCAUUCUCAUGGAGGAAAGUCAAAUGCUUCCACAAUCUCUUCUGAUCAUUCUCAUGGAGGAAAGUCAAAGAGAAGAAAACAUACGGAGUAA